AUCAAACCACUUGAGUAAAACGACAUUAUUCCUUUUCCCUAAUUUCUAGGGUUUUAUCCAAGAAUUCCCUCUCAAAUUAACAAUGGCAUUUUCUCUGACUACUCAAACCCAAAUCAUCACAUUGCGAUUCAACCCUUUUCACAGACACAAACUCCAUACAACAUUAGCAUCAAUGUCACAGGCAAAAUCUAAAAGACCAAUUUGCCCUUCAUGUUCCAAACCCACCCGAACUUGUCUCUGUUCUCGAAUUCUCACUCCUCCAAUCCCUAAUUCCGUCAAUGUAACCAUUCUUCAACACUCUCUUGAGUGUAAUCAUCCUCUUAAUUCUACCAGAAUUGCUAAAAUGGGUCUCAACAAUCUCACUAUUGCAACUGUUUCCGAUGUUAACUUUGAAUCUCGCUUCUUUAUUCAACUUUUUGACCCCAAUUCAAACUCUGCUGAAAAAGGUUCGUUUUUUCGUGAAUUUGAGGAGACCCAUGAUUUGUUUUAUGCUAAAGAUUCCAACUUUAUUGAUAUUGAUACUGACAGUGCUAGUUUGAAAAAUGAUGUCAUUCAUAAUUAUACUGUUGAAAAUGUGAAUGAUGAAGUUAAGAAAAUUCCGUUUCGUAGAAGUUGUGAUGAUCUAACUGGAGGUAAUGGAAGACCUGCUAUUACUUUUACUAUUGGCAAAUAUGGUGCAAUUACUUCUUUGUCACAUAUUUGGAUGAAGCAAUGUGAAUCUAAUGAGUUAUUAACCUUUGACAAGAUUUUGUCUUGUCCUGAAGCAUGUGAAGCACUCUCAAAAGGGUUUUUGGUGAAGAAGUUUCAAAGGAAGCAAUUGAAUAGGGAAGAAGUGGAAGAAUAUGAGGAAUUUGAGCUUGAGGUUAGUUCUGGAUCGGUACUACUUUUUCCAUCGGAUAAUGCUGUUAGUGUUGGUGAAUUAGAUGUUGUUGGUUUUGAGGUGAAGAAUUUGAUUGUUCUAGAUGGAACAUGGGCUAAGGCUAAAAGGAUUUAUAGUGAAAAUCCUUGGUUGAACAUUUUGCCGCAUUUGAAGUUGGAAGUGAAUGAGAUGAGCUUAUAUGGUGAAGUGAGGAAUCAGCCUAAAGCUGGUUAUUUGUCCACCAUUGAGAGUAUUGUGUUUGCUUUGAAGGCAGUUGGGGAGAAUCACAAGGGUUUGGAUAAUCUGUUGGAUACUUUUGAGUCCAUGGUUGGUGACCAAAGGCGAUGUAAAGAUGAGAGACUGAGCAAACUGUUACCUAGUUGUGGUAGCCCUUGAUUUCUUCUUUUGAUUGAAGUUGAACAACUUGAAGAAGUCGCUUAAACCCAAAAAGAAAUAGUUUUGAAAUGAAUUAUGAACCAUGAAACCUCUAGGAGUUUCUGCCGUGCGUAUCCUCAGCAGAAGGAUUGAAAUAAUCAAGCCGGAACUUUGAAGAUUGCAGAAACAUCAGCAGAGAGAUACACUAUCGAAGCAAAUCCAGCCACGUGAUGAUGAUGUAGUAAAAUGAAAGAUUAUUGUUAAGUGUUAACAACAACAAGGAGAAACAAAUUCUGAAAAGGAAGAAUAUGUGAAUGGAUUUACAAGCUGGAAUUCACAUGACAUGGAUAUAUGAUAUUAGAACUCAGUUUUUCUUCACAUUUCUUCAAAAUUGCUAGUGUAGAUGGAGUCCAAACUCCCAAUUGGCAAGUCUGCUGCUUCAGCACCGAAGUCAUUGACUUUCUGAUUUGCAAAGACAGACAGUCAUUUUCAUAGAGACAGACAGUCAUUUUCAUUUUCCAGUUCUUCGGAAAUAUUUGCCGUAGUUCGUUGAGUUUUAGUUUGAUUAUUUUUCAGCUUAGCUGCUUACCGUUAUUCAACUCAAUGCAAAUCGAAUCCAUCACAGAUCUUGUGGUCAAAAAAGCUAAACAAACUAACAUGUCUCUUUCGGUUUGGCAAUAUCGUGAAACAUGUCGAGAGGGAAAAGAAGAAAUUAAUUUCAAAUCGAUAUCUUGUGCGGGAAAAAGCUGAAGCAACUGCUAAAACUGAAAAAAUCAACAAUACUAUUUUUGAGUGGCUUAAAGAAAUGGAGAAACUCAUAGAACUGCAGGAGAAUCUUAAAACAAGAGCAGAGCCAGAGAUUCCCAAUUAUGAUUGUUCAUUAGCUGGGGUAUUUUCUGCUGAUCAUAGGAUGAGAUAUUGGAUGUACCAUGAAAUGCUAGGUAAAAUAAAGACACUGAAUGCCAAGUGUGAAUUUGAGCCAUUUUCCACCACAAUUCCAGCUUUGAAGCACUUUUUUUCACUAAAUUGUGUGUCUUUUGAGCCUAUAAAAGAGGCUUCAGAUAGACUUCUAGCGGCACUACAUGAUAAUAAUUGUUUUAUGAUUGGAUUGUAUGGGAAGAGGGGUUUUGGUAAAACAAAUUUGGUGAAAGCAGCUAGAGAUGAAGAUUGGACUUUGCUCGAAAAACAUUCAGGCUCAGGCAUAGAAGACGAGUCCUCGUCUGACAUAUCAAAUGUAGCACAAGAUGCUGCUUUUGAAUGUGAAGGGUUACCUGGUACAAUAAUAGAAGUGGGAUCUUCCUUAAAAGGUAAUCCUGUGGAGGAGUGGAAAGAAUCUUCAGACAAUUUGAGGCGUUCAAUGGCUCGAUGGCAGAUUUUCAUCAGUUUUAGAGGAGAAGAUACUCGGUACUCUUUUACGGGUUUUCUCUAUGAUGCUCUCUGUCGAGAAGGAUUCAAAACAUUCAUGGAUUAUGGGGGAUUGCAUAUUGGGGACCAAAUUUCACCCUCUCUUAUUAAUUGAAGCAUCAAAGCUUUCGAUUGUUGUUUUGUCUGAAAAUUAUGCAAGUUCCUAAUGGUGUCUUGAUGAGCUUGCGAAGAUCCUUCAGUGUAAGAAGUCGAAGAAUCAAUUGGUUUGGCCUAUCUUUUACAAAGUGAAACCUUCAGAUAUAAGACAUAUGAGAAAUAGUUAUGGCAAAUAUAUGACUGAACAUAAACAAAAAUUCGGAAGUGAUUCUGAGAGAUUACAGAAAUGGAAGUCAGCUUUUUUUGAAGUUUCUGGUUUGUCUGGAAAGGCUUAUAAAAUCGGGUACGAAUAUGAAUUUAUCCGAAAGAUUGUGGAAGAUGCCGUUAAUAUUAAACAUCGACUGUGUAUACGAAGCACAGAUAGGAACUAGAAGGAUGCCUACAUUUUCUCUUGCAAUAAUUAAGUGCUACAUUAGAUAUAAGUGAUGGCAAACAACUACUUGUUCAUAAAUGAAUUAUGAUUGUAAUAUACAUGUUCAAUGAUAAUUUGUUUUUGAAUAUGGUUUCUAGGAUAAUAUUUGUUCGCAGACGAUAAAUUAGUUGGAGAAAACUCUAUCAAAGUGUUGUUUUUCUCUAUCCCAAGACUCUAUCAAAGUUUUACGAAGGAGCAAUAAUUUCCA